AUACAAGAAGCAUGGGUUCCAGUCAUGUGUGGAACAUGGACGACACCGGGGUCUCGACCGUCCAAACCCCAGAGAAGGUUCUUGCUCCAAGAGGUAAACGCCAGAUUGGGGCCAUGACCUCUGGUGAGAGAGGGAGUUUAGUGACUGUGGCAGUGGCAGUAAAUGCUCUGGGCAACUCCACCCCCCCCCUUUCUUCAUCUUCCCCCGCAAGAAGUACGGUCCAUUCUUCAUCCGGGACGCACCAACUGGAUCAGUCGGAGCAGCCAACGGGUCUGGGUGGAUGUAGGAAGAGGAGUUUUUACUUUUUCUAGAUCAUUUUGCUAACCACACGAAAGCCACCCCUGAGUCCAAGGUCCUGCUUCUACUGGACAAUCACUCAUCCCAUGUGUCUGUGGCUGCCCUGGAUUUCUGCAAAGCCAGAGGCAUAGUGCUGCUCACCUUCCCGGCUCACUGUACUCAUAAGCUCCAACCCCUGGAUAGAAGAGUCUUUCGGUCUUUCAAGGGCAGAAUGGACAGGCACUUUGAUCUAUGGAUGAGGUCCCACCCAGGAAUCAACACCACCAUCUAUGACCUCCCAGGCAUCGUGGCCAUGGCAUGGCCACAGGCGGUGACCCCUGUGAAUGUCACCUCAGGGUUUAGAUGCACAGGCAUCUGGCCCUUCAACCCAGACGUCUUUGAUGAUGAUGACUUUGCCCCAGCCUCAGUCACAGACAGGCCAGAGCCCUCUGAACUUGAAGGGAGGUCCAGUGGUCAGAGUAUCCUGGGGUCAGAGAGUGCUGCUCCUGACUCCUCUCCAUCAGAGCCCUCUCCUUCCACUCCUCCUGGCUCCUCUGCCAUGAUCCAUGCUGUGUCUACUCCUGCCCCAUACGGAGCAGGUGCCCCAGCAGAGAAGACCGUUGGUGAUUCCCAACGUGGAACAGAACCAAGUGGAAGUGCUGCUGUUUGCUCCUCUCCUGCGGAGCCCUCUCUCUCUGCAUUCAAGUCUGCAUUCAACCCCCAGGAGGUCCGACCCUUCCCAAAGGCCGGAGAGCGGAAGACCAACAAAAGGCCAAAGAAGCUGUCGGUCAACGCAGUUGUUACAGACACACCUGUCAAACAGGCCCUACAAGAUGAGGCAGAGAGGAGAACACAAAGAAAGCAGGUCAAGAGAAAGAUCGCCACUCCAGGCCCCAAUGCGCCACCAACCAAGGCCAAAAGAAGUUCAAAGAGUUCAAAGAAGAAUUUCUCCUAA